AUGAGGUUCUUGGAUAAUCAGAUUUUAUUAAGAAAUGCGAACAAAACGGUUGUGGGCAAUUACGAUUACGGGUUGCCGAUGUCGACGUCGCAGGCGGCAGCAGCCGCCUCAUCAGUGGGCACCGGUACUUCGCUAGCCGGAGUGACGACAAGCCGUAAAGUGGGCAUUCAACAAGCAUCCGCUGUGGUCAAAGUGGAUAGUAUGCAGCAGGCAGUGAGCAAGCCCGCAGCGCCAUUAACUUCGCGGCCUCAUAUGAAUGGCAGCACUGUUCUCCGGCGACCUGAUGCGGUACCAGUGAUAAGAACACGACUGGAAAGGCCAGUUAAUGCAAGACGUCCACUAAAUGCUCAAGAAUCCCUGCAGCAUAUUGCGCACGUUUUGCUUAGCUCUUUUUCGAUUUUGAAGAAAUCCGAUCCAACACGCUUUAACAAAUAUGUGCUGAGUGGAGUCGACGAGGGAACCGUUGAGCAGGCAACAGCAGCAUCAGCACAUGGAAAUUCGUCGGCAGCAAAUGGUGUGCAGAGAAUUUUGGUUGAUCCGGACAAACCGUCAGCUGCUUAUGCCAGCUAUGUUGAACAGGUGAGGAACCAAGCAACUUUUGCACUCCGAGGCGCACUUUUUUAUCAAAUUUAUGAAUACAUACUCGUGAAUGACCAAUAA